AUGAAGUUGAUGUCUGCCCAUCUCCCCGGGAUUGGUUUUCAAUUGCAAGACCAUGAUUCUAUCUCUUCAACUCAAUCCACUGGAGGAGAAUCAUUUGCUGAAGUUGCAAGCUUGGUGGAACAUAAUAAUCGUUUUGGCCACAGCAUCUCAGCUGGUUACAAAGAAAACGCUGAGAAUCCUAUUGGAAACCAUUCGAAGCCAAUCUUGUCGAAAGUGUCUCAAGAUUCAGUGGCUCCUCCAGUCAUUGAGGCUUCUUGGCCUCUACAUGGCACUGAAACGCAACAUGUCAAUGGUUUCUUUUCUUUUCCAUAUGCACCACAACACACGGGGCAGCAUCCUCAGAUGGGAGGGUUGAUUCCUUCUAGAAUGCUUUUGCCUCACAACAUUCCAGAGAACGAACCAGUUUUCGUCAAUCCUAAACAAUACCAAGCCAUUCUCCGUCGAAGACAGCGCCGUGCAAAGCUUGAAGCUCAGAACAAGCUCAUCAAAGUCCGCAAACCAUAUCUUCACGAGUCUCGCCACCUUCAUGCGUUAAAGAGAGCUAGAGGCUCUGGUGGUCGUUUCCUCAACACAAAGAAGCUUCAAGAGUCAAAUUCUCCAGAGUCUCCUUCAUUCUUGAGCACACCUCAUUUCUUCAAAAACCCUCAGGGGAAGUUCCGGCAAAGGGACAUUUCGGGAGGUGGUGGGGUCGGGUCUAGUGGCUUGACAACAUCUUGCUUGGACAUAGCUGGGAACAACAAGGACAUGUUCCAACAAAACCCACAGUUCAGGUUCUCAGGUUAUCCAUCAAACCACCAUGUCUCAGUCCUCAUGUGA